ACAGAAUUUCAUGUGUUUUUUCGGAAACAGAGUCCUAAUCGGAGUCCAACAGUUAUGAUUCACUGAUUAAAUAAUUAUUAUGACUCACUGAGUAAAUAAUUCAAUAAUUUUAAUCAUCCAAAUAUCGAAUCACUGAUGGCAGAGAAGCGAGUCGCCAAGUUUCAAACCAAGAAGUGUGCCAAGAUAGUUUACGGUGAUGAUGAUCGGAUAACUCAUUUGCCCGACGACAUUCUCGUCGAUAUACUAUCUUUACUAUCGCUCAAGGAAGCUGUAUGCACUAGUGUUCUCUCAUCUCGCUGGCAUAACUUGUGGAAACAAAUUUACCGUCUAAACUUUGAUCCACACUCUUCUUUACAAAAACGGACUAAACAAGGAUUCGAAUCAUGCAAAGAGAAGAGGGAAAAGUACGUGAAAUGGGUGAAUUGUGUCCUCAGAAAACACAAAGCAGCCAUCUUGAAAGAUUUCAUAAUCCGUCUGAGGUUGAGCAAAACAUUCCAGAAGGACGUUACCCGAUGGAUUAAAUUUGCAAUUGUGAGGCACGUGCAGAGGUUAGAGUUGGAUCUUACCACAGGCGACUCGAGCCUAAUUAAUUGUUCUUUACCCCAAGAGUUGCUCACUCGAAAUACUAGUUCCGAAAUUGACCUCAAGUUCAAGUCUCUCAGAGUAUUGUGUUUGAAAUCUGUUGAUGUGACAGAGGAGGAUAUUAAGUUCUUCCAAAGUAAAUGUCCGAUGCUCGAAGAAUUGGUUGUUGAUCGCUCGUUGGAAUUAUUAAACGUUGAAGCUUGUGGUGGUCCGUCCCUUGUCUUAAAACACUUGGAGUUAACCCGCUGCUACAAUUUGAAAUCGGUUAAGGUUUCCGCCCCAAACCUCACCUUACUUUCUAUUCACGGCAGCCAUAGUUGUUUGAAAUCGGUUAAGAUUUCCGCCCCGAAUCUCACCUCACUUACUGUUCAAAAAGUAGAAAGUCUCUUCCUUGAGAACGUCCCAAGGCUUGUUGAGGUAUCUAUUUGUCGGGUAUAUAGUGAUGUUUCUGCCAAAGACGUAUUUUCUGCUUUUGCUUGCUGCGAUUUCCAAUUGGAGAUUCUUACACUGGAGAUUAAACCGUUUGAGGUUAGACGAUAGAAUUAUAUUGUGUUUUAUUUUCUUUUAUUUAGAAUUAGAGAUCCCGUAGCGCUUAUUAAUAUUUACUUGGUUGAUUUCACAGGAAACAUUUCUCUCCACAAUUCUUCAACUCCCUAAACUGAAGAAGUUGGUGGUAUUCGUAAUAGGCGAUGAAAGUUUUAUUUUUCGAAAAAGUUAUGCAAGUGAUACGGGACUGACAAAUUUGAUGAAGACGGCUCCCAACUUACAAGAAUUCGUUUUAAAUGUAUGUUUUUACUUGAUUUUUCUGAAUAAUUUUGCAAGAAAAAAUCUCACACUCGUAUUUUCUUUUUUCAGAUGCAGUACUCGGAUGCUUUGAAGUUUACUUUUAUAAGAUACGAUAAAAUGAAAAGAUUUUCUCACCGGCUUCUUAAAGUUCGAAGCUUUUUUCACCAGCACCUAAAAGUGUUCAAGUUUUGUGGCUAUUGUGGUGUCCCGGAUCACGUUGAAGUACUCAAGUACAUGAUUGAGAAAUGUGUCGCGCUUGAGAAAGUAAUCAUCGAGGCACGUUACGAUAAAUUAUAUAGCACUGAGGAAUCUACUAAGGAACAAGUUGUGAAACGCCUUAAAGAACAAGUACCUCAGCAAAUUGAAUUGGUUAUUCUUUAACUUCACCUUUGAUUUGUUGCCUUUAUUUUCAUUAUUAAAAAGCAAUUAUUCAUUCUAUUUGC